CAGGAAGGAAAGAAAAUAGCACAAGAAAGAAAGAAUAUAAUACAGGAAAGAAAGAAUAUAGCAUAGUUUAUAAAUGAACAGAAUUCUCGAAUUUUGCUUGGUGAGAAUUCUGCCACUGCUGUGACGAAGAUGAAAGGAACAAAUUUUCCAUAUCAUGAUAUAUCAGUAAUGAAUACAAGCAGAAAAUGUUCCAACAAUUUUGCAUAUAUCUAUGAUAUAAUACUCUGAUGUUUUAGAUUCUUCCUUUCAUUUCACUUUAAAGAAAUCAUACGCAAAUUGAUUACUUUGAUUUAAUAAAAUCAUGUCAGCAGAUGGUGCCUCUUCGCUUUUGAUCCCAUCUUCAUCAAAGACUCCUUCGUCGAUGAAAGCUUCAGGAAACGGUAAGAUCAAAUAAAAAUCGCAUACUUAACUGCUUCCUAGAUCAGUCGCGGACACAAAACUCGAUUGUUGCGUUAAAUGCUGAUUAAAGCAGAGAAAUAUCGCUCAGAUCAAAUAUGUAUUUCAUUUCAUUUAGGUUUAUAUAAGACGACUGGAGACAUACAUAUAUGCACACACGUGGAAGUACAUCGCGGUGUUAUACUAUUAUCAUUCGAAUAUAGCAAAUACAUCUAAGAAAAAAGUCAUUUGUACGCUUUACGAAAAGUUUUGUUAGUAUAUCUAGGAUCACUUUGAUUUUCUAGGCUCUUUCUUUCCUAGUUAAGCCAUCGCACAAGAACUUCACAAGCAUUCUAAUUCCCUACUAUAUCACAUUUUCUAUAUCGUAAAAACCUAUCUACAAGCAAAAAAUUUAGCUACAGCUUACUUGCAAAUUGCAACUCGCCGCAAUAAAGUAUCAGUCAAAAAUUCGAAGUAUCUGACACUUCUAGAAAAUGAGACCAUUUUAUCAGUUCAGACGAACUUACCAUUCUUUAAACAAUAUCCGAGGUACCAAUACUAGCAUUUUAUUGUUACAACAGCUUCUACACCGAAGUCUAUAUAUUCACAUCAGUGAUCAGGAUAUAUGUAUUUUGCUCGAUCUGUGAUGAAUAUAAUUUUUGGAACCAGUUUUUUCAUCGUUUCUCGUUUUCGUAGUACGACAUAACCAUGCUCGUGAAGGUAGAAAGAAUACAUUUGUCUAGAUGAAAAUCAAAACAACUUCCUGAAGUAAUUUUUCGUAUAUGAGUCAGUAUUUUUCGUCUGUGAUGGGGAUCAGCUCUAUAGUCUGAUAUGAUUUCAUGAAUGCUGCUUCGUAUUUAAGUCAAAGAAUAUAUUAUUUUCACUCAGCAGCCUAGCGAGUUGUGUGUUUAUCGCUCGUGUUAGAAGAAUAUGAUUACUUUUUAGGUGAACGUUAUUGCUUCGCUUGAAAUAGAGUUAUAAUUAAAUUCCCUGAUUGGUUAGUUGUCUAACCCUCUGCUUUCAAGUUUUACUCGAUAUUGCUCUCUCCUGCUAACAAGUACUUGUUAAUUUAGCUCAACUGUCCUCGACUGAGGCAAUAAGUGAAGUACCAUCAACAGGAACUGUAUUGUCUAAAGUGGUGUCGCGUGACUCAUUUAAUGCAACUCAAAAAUAUGAAUUCUAUUUUGACGAUUCUUCAUCCGAAGAAGAUGAAGAAUUACUCAAGUCUACUAAACUAUUGAAGAUUGAUGAGAGCUCAAAAGCACUGACGAAAAUUAACAUCACAUAUAAGUUAUCAUUUAUCGCCCAUGAAGUAGCUGAACACGUAUGGAGAUCGAAGGAAGUCAAUGAUAGAUACUACAAAGAAAAGAGGAAGCAAUUGCCUCAGAAUAAAAAUAAAAUAAUCAAUGAUGAUCGUUUCAGAACUUGGAUAGAUGAUUGUGCGAAAGAGAGUUACCGGGAAUGGACCGGUGCAGACUGCAUAGACGAAAACGUUUUCACGAAGAAAACAACAAAAAAUCAAUUGGAACAAAUAAAGAAACAUGUUUUGGAAAAUAAAAGGAAAUUUAUCGAGUAUUUUUAUCAUGGUUUGGCACCAACGGUGAAUGCGUUUGUUGAAUCAAUGAGGACUUUUGUGGAAAGCUUUUAUCAAUCUGCUCAAUGUAUACGUUCAUUGAAAAUAAUAGGCAAGGACGGCAUACGUGAAUUUUUAAUAAACGAGUUGCAACAUCUUGACUGUUAUAAAAAAAAACAUAAAAUUGGUGACACUGUCGAAAUGAACUCAAAAUCAAGACUCUUACAUAGCCAAGCGGCAAAACGGGAAUAUAAUAACAUUGAAAAGAAAUCACCUAGUGGCUUAAAAAAGACGCUAUUCGAUUUGUUAUUAAAUAAUACCAAGAAUAUCAGCAUUGAAACUUUUAUUGCACAGCAUAGGGAAACAUUACAGGCAUCGUAUGUCACACAGGAAUAUGCUGAUAUUUUCAUGAUAAAUUUUUCACAAAAAGUGAAGAAUGAACUGAUGAAAGAGUCGAACUCGUUGAGUCGUGCUCUACUCAGUGAUCAGUUUUUACUGGUACCUAAUACUAAGGACUAUACCGCUAUCAAUUUUAUUGCACGAUUAAGAUUGAUUAACCGUUCAGCAAUCAGACGACUGAAGAAUGGUGCAAGUGUUUUACAACAAAUUACUGGAUAUGACAAAUACUCGAUAAUUCAUAUAUAUGUAUUUCCUUGUGUUGAAACCCAAUUUAUUGAGCAUCAACAAUUCAUCAUAAAGUCAAAAACAAGAGUCGACAAGAUAUUAGCGUUGGGGUCUUACAACGAUAUUUUUACAUCCAUCGGCAGACUGGAGGAACAUUUGAAAGUAAAUGAUGCCGAAAUUGCUACAUGGGUUUGGAACACAUUCAAGGGAGAUCAUUUUAACCUAACAACUAAUACUGAAGCUAAUUUAACGAGCGAUGAAAAUUUUGACAUUAAAGUGUUUAUUGGGAGUUUAGCAGCAUUGUUAUUUGGCACAGAGGUAUCUCGAAAUAUUGUGUGUAUUAUCAUUCAUCCGAUGAUGCUUGAGUUGAUUAUGAAAGAAGAGCUGACAUGGGAAGAAUUAUUAAUAGAUGACACACUUAUGCCAAUGGCUUCGGAUGGCGCCACAGCAGCAUCAAGAAGUCUCCGAGUUACAUAUAAGCAUUACUUAAGCCUCAGUUAUCGAAGUUACAGUUAUGAUUAUGCAAAAAACCAAAUUUUAUCAAGCGAUGAUGCUUCAGUGGUUGAGUUUGUUAAAAAAGAGCACUAUAUUAUCGAUAUGUGGAUAAGAAUGAAAUCUACAAAAAAAUAUCCAGAAAAUAUACCAACUGAGGAUGUUAUUUCAAUGAUUUGUCAAGCUGUCAAAGGAUGGUAUGGAAUCGAUAUCGUAAAUGACUUUUCUUGA